UAGCUCACUGGAGCCGCGGGAUGGGUCGGGAGGAGGGGGCGCACGUCACUGCAGACGGUCGCGGCGCAGCCCAAGGCAGAGGAAGGGGCCGCGCGCGCCAGAGGCCGGAGGGGACGCAACGCGCCUCCCAGGCCGGAGGCAGCGGGGACCGGACGAGAGCGCGCGCGGCGGGGACUCGAGGGGCUCCCGGCGGCCGGGGGAGGCCGCGCGGACAAAGGCGCGGAGGGCAGCGGGCCAUGGCGCCCCAGGUCCCCGCCGCCCCCGCCCCGGGCAACCGCGAGUUGCGUCCCAGAACCCGCGGAGCCGCCUCCCGUGGAGAGCCCUUGCAUGUAUCCACCGUGCAGAGCCACGGUAGUGUCUGUGACUGAGUGACGUCUGCUCUGUCGGUGGCUGUCAGCAACACACACUAACCUGGGUGGCCAUGUUCUCACUCAUCUGUCGUCUUCCCUCUUGUCAAGAGAAAGGAAACCGGUCAAAGCAGAAGUUGCAAAGCCUAGGGAAGCGUCUAGAAGACAACUGCUUGGGAGGUCCGUUUCUUUGCAAAAGACUAAUCCAGCACCUCCCUUGGGAAGGAGUCCCUCAAGCCCUCACACCCUCAUGCUGGAGGCAAGAGUGGACAUGCUCAGCUCCAACAUGAUCAUCAGUGGCCCGGCUGCAGACCUCGGUGCUAAAGAAGCCAGCAGGCCCUUGAAGAAGCAGCUCAGUAGUGUCCAGAACCCUGGACCAUCUACCCAAGCCAGAGCCCAGCCCCUCAGCAUAAAGGACAAGAUAUCCAAGUGGGAAGGCAAGAAGGAGCCACCGGCCUCCGACCCUGCCAGGCAAACAGAUGGCCAAGAGGACUACCUGCCGUCCUGCAGGGUAGAGAGACGAGGCAGCGAACUCACCAGAACCAAGAAUGGAAUGAGGCUUGAAACAGAGAGCUUGCAAAACGACAGCAGGACAAGAACCAUGUGUCAGGACGCAGAACGGUUGCCAGGCCUGAGGCAGAUCGAUGGUCAGCCAGAGCCCAGCCAGCCCCGAGGUCGUGAACUGAAGCCCAGUGACCUACGCUUUCAAAGUGACCAUCUCUCCGUGCUGAGACAGGUCAAGAGGCUAGAGAAGGCCUUGAAGGAUGGCUCCGCUGGCUUGGACCCCCAGUUGCCGGGGACUUGUUAUUCACCUCACUGUCUGCCUGACAAGACGGAGGAAGACCAGCCCAUUCCGGAAAGCCACGAAAGUGGGGUCUCCUUAGCAUCUGGCCGGAGAGCUCACCACUCGGAGGUCAGGGAGCCGGGCCCGGAGAUCUCAGAGGAGUGGAAAGGCCAGGAGAAUGUGUACAGGGGCUCCAGGUGGCACCCCCAAAAGCCUUUCAUCAACCCCGUCCCCAAACCCCGCAGAACAUUCAAACACGCUGGAGAAGGGGACAAGGACGGAAACCCAGGCAUCAGCUUCAAGAAAGAGAAGAGAAACCUGCCUCCCCUGCCCUCUCUGCCUCCCCCUCCCCCACCGCUGCCUUCCUCCCCUCCUCCCACUUCUGUGAAUAGAAGACUGUGGACUGGGAGGCAGAGACCCAGUGCUGACCACAGAAAGUCCUAUGAGUUCGAGGACUUACUGCAGUCUUCCUCUGAGAACAGCAGGGUGGACUGGUAUGCACAGACCAAAUUGGGACUCACACGCACUUUAUCAGAGGAGAACGUCUAUGAAGACAUUCUAGAUCCGCCAAUGAAGGAAAAUCCUUAUGAGGAUGUGGAGUCACAUGGCCGCUGCCUGGGCAAGAAGUGUGUCUUGACUUUCCCUGGAUCUCCCACCUCCUCCAUCCCGGACACGUCCACCAAGCAGUCCUUGUCCAAGUCUGCAUUUUUCCGGCAAAACUCAGAGAGAAGAAACUUCAAGCUGUUGGACACUAGGAAGCUGAGCCGGGAUGGAACUGGGUCCCCGCUGAGAACUAGCCCUCCCUCCACACCUAGCAGCCCGGACGACACUUUCUUUAACCUUGGAGACCUACAGAAUGGCAGGAAGAAGAAAAAGAUCCCCAAGCUGGUGUUGAGGAUCAAUGCCAUUUAUGAGGCCCGGAGAGGAAAGAAACGGGUGAAAAGGCUAUCCCAGUCCACGGAGAGCAACUCAGGAAAAGUGACAGAUGAAAACAGUGAGUCUGACAGCGACACAGAGGAGAAGCUAAAAGCUCACAGCCAGCGCCUGGUCAAUGUGAAGUCACGCCUGAAGCAGGCCCCUCGGUACUCAUCACUUGACCGAGAUCUCAUUGAGUACCAAGAGAGGCAACUCUUCGAGUACUUUGUGGUCGUAUCUCUACACAAGAAGCAGGCAGGGGCUGCCUAUGUGCCAGAGCUCACCCAGCAAUUUCCUCUGAAGUUAGAAAAGUCAUUCAAGUUCCUGAGAGAGGCUGAGGACCAGCUGAAGGCUAUUCCCCAGUUCUGCUUCCCUGAUGCCAAGGACUGGAGUCCUGUCCAGGAGUUUACCAGUGAAACGUUCUCGUUUGUCUUAACUGGAGAAGAUGGCAGCAGAAGGUUUGGCUACUGCCGAAGACUGCUGCCUGGAGGCAAAGGGAAGCGACUUCCUGAGGUUUACUGCAUCGUGAGCCGCCUGGGAUGCUUCAGCCUCUUUUCAAAGAUCUUGGACGAGGUGGAAAAGAGAAGAGGAAUCUCCCCUGCCCUGGUGCAGCCCCUCAUGAGGAGUGUCAUGGAAGCCCCUUUCCCAGCCCUGGGCAAAACCAUCACUGUCAAGAACUUCCUACCAGGUUCGGGGACUGAGGUGAUUGAGCUGUGCCGACCGCUGGACUCCCGGCUAGAGCAUGUGGACUUUGAGUCUCUGUUCUCCUCCCUCAGUGUCCGACACUUGGUCAGUGUUUUUGCCUCCCUACUUCUGGAAAGGAGGGUCAUCUUCAUCGCAGACAAACUCAGCACUCUGUCCAAAUGCUGCCACGCCAUGGUAGCACUCAUCUACCCCUUCAGCUGGCAGCACACCUACAUCCCAGUGUUGCCGCCUGCCAUGAUUGACAUAGUGUGCUCGCCCACGCCCUUCCUCAUCGGGCUGCUCUCCAGCUCGCUGCCACUGCUCAGGGAGCUGCCACUGGAAGAGGUUCUUGUGGUCGAUCUCAUCAAUGAUCGAUUCCUCAGACAGAUGGAGGACGAGGAUUCCAUUCUGCCCCGGAAGCUUCAGGUAGCCCUGGAACACAUUCUGGAGCAGAGGAACGAUCUGGCCUGUGACCAGGACGGGGGCCCGCUGGACUGUGUGCAUGGGCCCGAGUCCAGUUCCUUGAGUGAGGUGGUCUCCGAAGCCUUUGUCCGAUUUUUUGUGGAGAUUGUGGGCCACUACUCCCUGUUCCUGACGUCGGGCGAGGAGCGGAGCCUGCAGCGAGAGGCCUUCAGAAAAGCUGUCUCCUCUAAGAGCUUACGACGCUUCCUGGAGGUCUUCAUGGAGACCCAGACUUUCCGUGGCUUCAUCCAGGAGCGGGAACUGCGCAGGCAAGAUGCCAAAGGUCUGUUUGAAGUCCGAGCCCAGGAGUACCUAGAAACCUUGCCCAGCGGAGAGCACAGCGGGGUCAAUAAAUUCCUCAAGGGACUGGGCAAUAAAAUGAAGUUUCUCCACAAGAAAUAGCCCUCAUCUUGGCUCAAGGGAAGACCUCCUCCCUAGCGCCCCAGUCCUCCCAGGAUGGGCCCUGAGCUGGGCAAGUGGCAGACGCUCAGAACAGCUCUGGGAGAGACCCGCCAGCAGACAGACUGUUGUUACUCUGGUUGGUUGGUUGGUUCUAGGAAUCUUUAAGUCUUAGAUAUUAAAAGAGAAGAAGAAGGGAAGUGUUUGGCUCUUCAUUCAGCUCUCCUGCCCCACCUCAUCUCUUCUGGGCCAGCUUGUUGACAACUGUGGAGCCAGGACAUGGGAAGGGUGGCAGCCGCAGAAGCUAUGCCACUGGUUCUUCCCGACUAGUCUAUGACGCCACCUGGUGGCAGAGACUGUGGACUUUACUGUUCUUGACUUCAUUUUUCCCCCCUUAGAAGCCAUAUAAAACCAUUCAUGCCCAAAAAGUCUGUGACCUUUAGAGGGACACAUAAAAACAGGAAAUCUUCUCAACUGGUAAUAAAAUGUUCUAAGGGUCCUGAAGUUUCUAUUUCCUGUGUCCCAACCAUGACACUUAGGCCACUGCUGUGAACCUAGUCCUCUUGGCCAACAUAGCUGGGAAAGGCUUCUGUAGUUGCUUCUCUUAAUGAGAGGGAGGACCCAGAUCAGCUGACCUGUGGGGCCAGUGAGAAUCUGCAAGAGUCCUGUGUGCAGCAAAAGAAAGGUUCUCAGGCUGGCCUCGGGGCUAUCACUCUGAAACUGCUGGGCCCCGGUGACGGCCACCAGUAAUUAACCACAUCUGGACUGCCUCUGACCUGGGCAGGAUUAAUAGGGCUGUGUGGCUAGGGUCGAGGGAAGCCUGAGAAAGAAUGUGAGCAUGGGGGCUGAGGAACCCACCACACAAGCUCCCCGUUUAGGUAACCUUACUGACAGCAAUAUUCCGUGUAUUUUUAUAUUGCCCCCAGGUGACCAUGGUUAGUAUUUUGGAAUAUACGUUAUUCUUUUCUAACUUAUUUUAUAUUAUACUGUUUUACUGAAGAACUCCAGGUGAAUAAAUAAAUAUAUGUUUAUCAACAUUCCUAGCAAGUAUAUAAUAUUCUAUUUUAUUAAUGUUUUUUGUAUUUGACUUAAGCAAAAUUUAAAAUAAAAUUGGGAGAAAUGUGCUGGGCUA